AUGGAAAAAAUUCCGCCUGGAAAGGCCCUGCCGGCCCACGCACCGCGCUGCGCCACACCUCGCUGGCUGGUGCCCGCCGCGUUGCUGGUGCUGCUCGCCGCCGCAGUCGCCCUCGCUAUCGCGCUGCCGGUCGCCCUCAAGCGGCGUGCCCAGUCCAACCGUGCGUACCAGCCCCUUGCUGAUGCGCGUGCCGACGGGUCCGUGCCCGACCAGAUGCUGGCAGGGGCUGAGCGCACAUAUUAUGUCGCUGCGGACCCCGUAGAGUGGGACUAUGCGCCCAGCGGCCGCAACCUGUGCAAGGGCAAGGACUUUGACAAAGAAGAGCAGCUAUACGUGCAAGCUGGUGCAGGACGCAAGUUUCAAAAGGCAGUGUUUCGAGAGUACACAGACAACACUUUCAAGGAACGCAAGCAGCGGCAGGCGGAGCAGGAGCACAUGGGGCUGCUGGGCCCCGUGCUCCACGCCGAGGUCGGGGACACUGUAGUGCUGGUCCUGCGCAACAACGCCGCCUUCUCGGUCAACGCGGAGCCGGGGGGCCUGCAGGCGGGCAACCCCACGCCGGUCGCGCCCGGGAGGACCAUGACCUACAGGUGGCGCGUCCCCGAGUCGGCAGGCCCGGGUGCGGACGGCCCCUCCUCGCGCUUCUUCCUCUACCGCUCCACGUUCAACGUCGUCGCCGACACGCAGGCCGGCCUGGCGGGUCCAAUCGUCAUCGCGCGGCGCGGCGCUCUGGGAAAGGACGGCCGCAGCGUGGCUGAUGUGUUCAACGAGAACAAGAGCCCCUAUUACGAUGAGAACAUGGCGGCCGCCCCCUUGGAGGCGCUCCAGGCGCUGUCCGAGGACGACCUGCUGGAGGCCAACACAAAGUACUCCAUCAACGGUUUCCUCUGGUGCAACACCCCUGGGAUGAACUUCAGAAUUGGAGAAAGGGUACGUUGGUACGUGACGUCGCUGGGGUCGGAGGACGCCAUCCACACGGCCCACUGGCACGGCGUGGUGUUCAACGACUCAAAGGGCCACCACGUGGACCAGGUCCCGAUCCAGUCGAGCUCUUUGGAGGCCCUUGACAUGCUGGCGGACAACCCCGGCACCUGGCUGUUCCACUGCCACCUGAACGACCACAUGGAUGGCGGCAUGAUGGCGCUCUUCACCAUUGAGGGCACAGCCCCGCCUGUCACCCUGGACGGCAAGGUCCGCCCCUACUUCGUCGGGGUGGUCACAGAGGAGUGGGACUACGCACCCUUCGGCGGAGAGAUGUGCGGCGGCACCCUGGUCCCGUUUUCUGAUGCGGCCAAGGUGUUUUUGCAGCCCGGCGCUGACCGCAUCGGGCGCAAGUAUCUCAAAGCCCGCUUCGUCGAGUUCACAGACGACGCUUUCACGCGCCGCAAGCGCAUCGCCCCUGAGUGGGAGCACGUGGGCGUGAUGGGGCCCGUGCUGCGCGCCGUCGUGGGUGACACGCUAAAGGUGACCUUCAAGAACAUGCUGCCCGCCGGCAGCGCGGCGGUGUCGCUGCACCCCCACGGCGUGCUGUACGACAAGAGCUCAGAGGGCUCCCCCUACGCAGACGGCCUGCCACCUGCCCCUGGAGACCAUGUCGUGCCGGGCGAGUCUGUCGUAUACACCUGGCGGGUCCCUGAUCGUGCCGGCCCUGGUGCUGGCGACUUCAGCAGUGUGAUGUGGAUGUAUCACAGCCAUGUGAUGGAGAGCCGAGACCCCCACGCGGGGCUGUUUGGAGCUAUCCUCGUCACCUCCAAGGCCCUCGCCAACGACGACGCCUCCCCCAAGGACGUGGACAGGGAGUUCAUCCUAUCGUUCUCCAUCCUGGAUGAGAGCCACUCAUUCAUGCUGCAGCAGAACCUUGAGAAGUACCUGCCCAAGGUUGCGGCAGACUCCAAAGCAAUGGCCCAGCUGGUUUCGGACCCUGCUUUUGUUGAAUCCAGCAGCAAGCACACCAUCAACGGGUAUCUGUACUGUAACCUCCCGGGCUUUGAAUUCGAACAGGCAGUCCCGACCCGCGUAUACUUCCUGUCGCUGGGGGGCUCGAAGGACAUACACACGCCCCUCACGGCAGAAGGGGGCAUCUACCUGGAUGGGCAGCGCCGCCAAGCCGUGAAGCUGCUGCCUGGUGCAAUGCUCACCACGGAUAUCUCGCCCAUGGUCCCUGGCCACGGCCUGCUGCAAUGCGCUGUGUAUGAUCACCUGAGCGCCGGCAUGAGCGCGAUCUUCACGGUCAAGCAGCAGGUCAAGAUUGCUCCGCGCUCGAACGCCCCAAUCCGCUCAUACUACAUCGCUGCCGAGCCCGUUGACUGGGAUUAUGCGCCACUUGGGCUGGACGGCUGCACUGGCAGGCCUUGGGCCGACAACCAAAAGGUGUUUGUUGAGACAAACGAGGGCACCCUAGGCAGCAAGUACCGCAAAGCAGUGUUCCGCGGCUACACCGACGCAACCUUCAAGACCCCUGCCCCGCGCGAGGAGCUCUUCGGCAUCCUCGGACCCACCAUCAGGGCUGAGCCUGGGGACAAGAUCAUGGUGCACUUCCUCAACCGCCUUCCAUUCAGCGCCAGCCUUCAGCCCUUCGGCGGCCUGAUCCCUUUGGGAAACACCAGCGCCUACCAGCAGCUCAACACAGGCGACGGGCAAGCCUUGACACUUGCCACUGCGCAGCGUGCCGGGCAAAAAGCCAUUCCCUUUUUUAAACCUACCGCCAACAGCUCUGCCGUUGCACAGCCUGCCGCCGGCCGCCGCCUGCUCGGCGCGCCGGCCGCCGCGGCUGCAACGGUGGCCGACAUUGAGGCCCAGCCGCGCAGCGUCAGCAAGAAGGCCACGCCAGCGCAGGCCGAGGCGGAGGCCGCCACCCCCCAGGCGGUCGAGAACCUCUACUCCCUGGGCGCUGUGGCGCCGGGCGCUUCCGUUCGCUACGAGUGGUACGUGCCCGACGCCGCGGCCCCCGGCCCUGGGGACGGCGACGCUGUGGCGUACGCCUAUGUCUCGGGAGUUGACCAGAUCAAGCACACCAACGCGGGGCUGGUUGGGGCGGUGGUGGUCUACAAGAAGGGCGGCCUUGGGAAGGACGGCGGCAAUGCCACCCAUGGCGGCGGGGGCGUGCGCGAGCUGCCGUUGCUGUUCAACAUUCAAGAUGAGAUGCUGUCGAAGUUCUUCGAGUUCAACUUGGCAAGGCAGCAGAGUGGCAGCAAAGUUCCACUUGACAAGAAGGCCACCACGUUCCAGGAGUCCAACAUGAUGCACUCCAUCAACGGCUUUGUCUACUGCAACGGCCCCACGCUGAAGAUGCGUUCGGGGGAGACGCUGCGCGUAAUUGUGAUGGGCUUUGGCAACGAGGUGGACAUGCACUCAGCUGUCUUCCAGGGGCAAAUCGUCCACAAAGACCGCGACCCCGGGACUUGGGACGUGUACUGCAAUAUUCUCGACCACAUCGAGGCCGGCAUGAAGAUCCGCGCUGUUGUUCGCUGA